UUAUAUUUUAGUUAUAAUACAUAAACUAUAAAUAAUGAAAUUUAUCGGAGAUAUAGAAUCUAAAAUUUGUAGAAUAUUUACUGAAAAAAUCCCGAUUUAGUGGUAUUUGUGGAAUUUCACCCAAAGUUCAGAUGAUCGGACAAUUUAUGGCCAAUAAUGACGACGAAAGUCUACACAGUUAACAUCUGUAAUAAAACAAGUUUUACCCUGCAUAGAAAUAGCCACAAACUCAGACAUGGAACCUGGAUAACAUGGCUUCCUGAAAGAAUCGUUUCCUCCUCAAGCGUAUCAAUUUCAUUCUCAAAUAGCAGAUCAGGCCACUCUUGCAGGUCAAAUUUACAGUAUGGAGUUAUUUUGGAAGGCCUGUUGCACGUACUUGACGUUAAAUUUGUGAAGUCUUCAGAAAAUGAUGACUUCUCCUGUACCUUUAAGCCACUUGUAAAGCAAAAUGAAGUUUUAAGUGAUAGUAAUUUUAAAAUAGUGAGCAAUGUACCCACAAGCAUAUGUAAAAUAAACACCCAGGUCAUCGAUCCGAAUAAAUCAAGCUUUAUAGAAAGCUCUGAAACGAUAUACAUUGUAAAUUUAGAAGAGACCAGUGACGGAUCCUCGUAUAUAAGUUCCCUGAGAAACAAACACAAUUCUCUUAUUUCAACCAUAAAGCAAGAUUAUGAAGAUUGGAAUGAAAGUUUUUUUACUGGACCUCAACUUGUAAAUUUAUACAAGCGUAUUUCCUUGGACUUCUGUUGGGACUUUAACAGUUCAGAUUGGCGUUUUCAACUCAAAAAAUCUAACGUUUCUGUUCAUGUAAGGAUAGUAAAUCUGACUAGUAAGGAGAUGAAACUGGGUUCAAACGCUCUUGAGAUGUUUAAGAAUUGCACGUUGGACGAGGGAGUGUGGGUGGAAUAUCCAAAUGAAGAUAUACCCUCUUUAUCAGGAACAGAGUUCGGAUGCAAGAGUAAUGGAUUUCUAGGUGGAACAACGGGAAGAUGUGUGUAUUCUAUACUGGGUGAGUCUGGAUGCUUUACGUUCUCAUGGGACAGACCAUCAAUUGGAGCAUUUGUGACAAAUUGUAAACAUUCAUUAAAUAAAUAUUCAGUAAUGGUUCACACGGAAUCCUCAAACCACUCUUCUGUAAUAUUUCACAUAAUUGAUAUGUUCACAAUACCACUCAAAUUAUUAACAGCAAAGGCUGUAUCCCCUAAGUAUACAACUAAAUACCAAGAUAAUAAAUUAUCUCCAAAAUACAUUAGAAGUUCAAGUACAAGCGAUCGCAAUAAUUCUAAUGCGGAUACUACCUUGGAUGAACUGGAAAUAACACCGUUUCUUAUUAAAAACCAGUCAUCACAUUACAACAACGACGUUGAGGAUUCAGAGGUUAAAGGGAAAGGUUUGACAGAGUUAUUGAUUAAGAGCCCAAAACACUUUUUUAGCAGUGUUAAUUCAAAAAACAUUAACUCUCCAAUUAACAAAGUUAGCUCAGACUCAAGUAUAUACAUCGAGUGGAUGAUAGGGAAUGAAAUCUUUUGUAAAUUAUUCAAGUUUGAUGAGAAAAUACACAUAAAUUCUUCAGUAAUAUCUGGCAUCCCAGAUAACAAAUCACUAGUUUUUAACUCCUUUCUUUUGAGACUUGAUUUGACUCAAAUAUUUCAAAAACAAAAUCACGUAGAUAAGUCCAAUAACUUAGUAUAUGACAGUGCAAGUGUUCAAAAGAGACCAUAUUUAAAAAGUCUGAAACAAAAUGAAUUCCUGGAAUAUGUUGUAAUGAUCUUUCAAUGUGUUUGUGACGCAUUUCAGCCAUUUAUAAGCAAAUGUAUGCUCAAGAAAUUUGGGUCAAACUGGCUUAAAAUUUGUAAAUUACCGACUUGCCAUGUAUGGAAAAACCACGACGUACUCAGGAUAGAUUUGGAGGGGAUAAUUUAUAUAGUUACGGCCUACUGGAUGGAUAUCUUUGAACAGGUUCUGACUGAUACAACACACUUGAAUACAAUACAGACUGCUUCAAUUUACUGGGCAAACCAGGAGUUACAUAGGUUUGAUUCGAAUUAUGUCUGGGAUCUUUUAGAGGCAUCUAAGGCAUUACUGAAGAAACUGAAAUCUGAAAGCUCUCUAAAACACAUCGACUUCAUUUCCAACAAACUUAUACAGUCAUAA